UGUUGUACAGAGCAUAUUGGAUGCACAUGUAAAAUACUUUGAGCACGAUGCGUCCAUGAAGCGAUCGGAUGACUUUAAACAGAAUGAGGAAAAGCAGGCCCAGAAACGGAAGAAGAAAGUUAAGCAUACUCAUUCAGCGAUUCAUCGAAAUCGCGAAAAGCGGAAGGUAAGCGUUGAACGUUUGUUUUAUGCGCCGCGCCGCACUUGCCGUCAACGUCAAGCGGAUGAAGAAUGUGCCCCGUGUGAGCUCCCAGGCGAGCCAAAGACAGAUGUUUGCUGUAAAUGUGGCAUCGAAUUGACGCCUCUGCCACAAAGCGAACCAACGAGCAACAUUGAUCUCGGCCUGCCAACGGAGACGCUGGAUGCCUGUGUACGCAAUGAGCAGGUGUUGCAGGCCGUCACAAAUAUUUGUGAGAUGUGCAGCUUAGUGCAUAAGCCGCACACGCUGUGCCCCACGUUCGACACUAUUGGCGAUGGCACCAACAAGUUCCAGCAGCAGUUGCAUCUCAUCAAGCACCAUGCGCGCUGCCGGCUACCGGAAAGAUGCAACUGCUGCUGCAGCUAUUGCUGCCAACCAGCCGCUAAGCAUUGCAGAUCCAGUGAGCUAAACGCCUAAAGUGUUGCAACUGGUUACACUUUAUGCUGCAACGGGAGCUGCCGCCGCUUGUGGCAAAUGAAACAUUUUGUUUAAGUGCAAAAUAAAUUCAAGUAAUGAGUUUGCAGCGUUUAUGCACUCGCAUUCUGUUUGCGCAGGCGAAACAUGUACCAGACAUUUUCAUAAACGUUCCUAACCAAAUGCACAAACGAGAAGAGGAAAAGCAGAGAAAAUAGUAAGAGAAUCUUGCCAAGCUUACCAGAUUUGGUCUUUAAGUUUGCCUUUUGUCGCUUUAAGAAAAACUUGUCCAAGAACACGCAAUAAGG